AUGGCUCAGCAGACUGUCGGUGCUAUCAUCAGCCUCAAGGCCCCCGAGGAAGGCGACAACAUCUGGGAGGCCCAGCAGGUUGACCAGGUCCUCAACCUGCCUCCUGGUGAUGGUCAAGGCCGAGUAACCAUCGACUGGAGUUUUGGUCCUGUCAAGAUCACUGGCUACGUUGACACCAACACUUUCGAGAUUGGCGUUAGCGUGAGCAUCCUCGGUAUUAACAUUGGCAAUAUCUUCGGAAACCUGAAGGAUGGUGUUGGCGUCAACAUCGACCUAUUCCUUGCCAAGGGCUCCAUCAAAAUUUACCUCAAGAAUGGCAACGAGGUCUGGGUCCACCUUGACGUCAAGGUUAAGUUUGAUGGAAGCUUCGAGGGUGACUACAAGAUCAUCACCAUCUAG